UGUAAAGAUCUACGAUGUCGCUAUCAAAGUACACGUCCACAACAGAGACAACAAACCUGGCACGUGUCGCCAGACUUAUCCUGGGUCCGUGUACAGAUGUGUUACGUGACAUUCUCAGAAAGGAAAUCCCUCCCUCUACUUUAUCAAUGACGGUUAGGACCUGGAUAGAUAGCCUUAAGAACCGUAAGGCAAAAAAUCCUCUUUCAAAACAACACACAGACAUCAUUUUCCCGCCUCCUACGGAACAAUAUAGUAGAGAUUACUCAGACUUUGACGUUACAAUUCUAUAUCUCCUUUUACGGAACGUGAGCAACAUGUCAGAACAUACGGCUGGGUGGGGAAAACAACCAAACCCCGGAGAUAGAAGUGUGUCUGCUAACAUUGAAAGGAUUCGACUAAUCAGGAACAAAUACUAUGGACAUACGUCAGAUUUCUUCCUGGCGGAGUCUGAUUUUAGACAAGAAUGGAGGAAUAUUCAUGACAUAAUUGUAGAGUUAGAGGGUUACCUUGGAACAACCACGAUUCUUCAGGAUUCUGUUAACGAAAUCAAAACGUGCUCAAUGGAUCCUGAUACGGAGAAAAAGUACAUAGAAAAACUUUUAGACGAAUUACAAAAAAGGGUUGAAAACCUUUCAGCACAACACGAUACAGAAUAUAUCAAAAAAUGGAAAGAAGAAGAUUCGGUUUUUGUGGAAACUCAUGGGUUCCCUGAAAUGCUACAUAGGGUGAGAGAGCAGCCUUAUGUGACGUUUGUUGGUGUUCCAGGGUCAGGCAAAUCAUCCACAGCUCAACACAUUGCUCUGAUACUCCAGGAGGAAGGAUACGAAGUGGUUCCUGUAUUGGACCUUAGAGACCUCACACAGUAUUGUGAUCCUCAGAAUCCACAGGUUUUUGUUAUCAAUGAUGUCGUAGGUGUAUUGGGUUUUAACAAAGCAAAGUUAGAAUCGUUUUUAGAGUAUGAGGAAAAAUUAAAAAAACCGUCUUUUGUGAAAACAAAGGUUCUCUUGACAUGCAGAAAAACCCUUUAUAACCAAUGCCACAAAUCCUUUUUAACUAAUGAACAAAAUACUAUUAAGCUUCAUAGCUCUGAGAAUGAAUUGAAUGAAGAAGACCAAAGAAAUAUUCUUGAAAAGCAUGGGUUAGACAGAGAUUUGUUGUCUCCUGCAAUGCUUACUGAAGCCUCUCGCAUGUUUCCUUUAUUGUGUAAACUAUAUUCCAAUGAGGAAAAAUUUAGAAUCACUGGUGAACGUUUUUUUAUCAGUCCCAUCCAAUGCAUUGUCGAGGAAUUCGACAAAAUGCAACAAAGAAACGGUUUAUUUUAUGCAACUUUGGUGUUGUGCACGUUGAAUAACAACAUGCUUUCUGAAGACAUUCUAAAAGAUGAGAAAAAUAAAUGUUUUCAGGAAAUGAAGCACAGGGUGUUAGAAAGCUGUGAAGUUACAACUUCAACAGAUACAUUUAAGUUUGUGAAAGCUUUGUCAGCAAUGGAGGGGACAUACACAAAACGUCGUGGUAGAGAGUUCACUUUUGUUCAUGACUCCAUGUUUGAAAUAACAGCAUAUCACUUUGGUAGACAGUUUCCAGAGUUGAUUAUAGAAUAUAUGAAAAGUAGUUAUAUAGCAAACUAUGUAAAACUUCAGACAUGUGAAACACAAAAACAGAAAAAUAUGGAAACAAAAGUGGAGGCAACUGAUAUAAGCAGUGAAGAAAAGACUGAAAACAGGGAGGGUACAGAUCUGUGUAUAAUGGUGUCUAUUAACCUGUAUCCAAUGUUAGCUAUGAGACUGUACAAAGAUAUAGAAAAUUAUGAACUGUAUGACGUGUUUAUGAAUAAUGCUUUAAAGGACAACCAGUUGUGUAAAGCAUUUAUUAAUGUACUAGAGAAACACCCAUAUGUAGAAUUAAAGAAGCUCUUUCUAAGUAAACUGGAGAAAAUGUCUAAAAUACUCAAAAGGGAAGAAGAUGGAAAUGAUAAGAAAAAGAACAACGAGUUUAAAGAUUGUAUAGAGGAUCUACUGCUAGACAGACGACACACAUUUUUGAUGCCAUUAUUUUGCUAUGUGAGAGUGAUCAGUUGGGUUAUUUACUAUGGGCAUCACCAAAUCCUUAGGUACAUCAUACAUCAAACUGAACUACACAACGAAACAUCGUCUGCACUAUUUGGAAAUUUGAAUUCUGAUCUUAUAAAUCUUGAUCAAACAUCGAAACAGGGAACCAAUGCUAGUGAUAUAAAUAAAGUGCUAGAUGAUUUUGAUGAAAUACUUGUUUCAGACUCUCUAAAAGUUAGCUUUGCAUCCUUGUAUGAAAAAGAAAACAUUCAAAACUCUGCGGUAGAACAAACCCGCCUACUUGUUCUCAGUUGUUAUGGGGGUGAUGUGGAGACUGUUAGGAUCUUACUAAAACAUGUCAAUUUAAACUACUCAAUCAACAGAACGCCACAUGUCUACUCUCAUCGGGCAGACCGUUCUAGGGCAAUUUUAUUUAGAAAAAAUACACCACUAGUAGCAGCGUGUUUAUUUGGUCAUGUGUCUGUUGUAAAAGAAUUGAUAGGAGUAGGAGCUGAUGUUAACAAACUGGGUCAUAGUCAUACACCACUGACAGCAGCAUGCAGUGCUGGACAUUUUAAUGUUGUGAGAGAACUUUGCAAAAUGGAUGCAAAUGUCAAUUUAGAGUGUAAUUUCGAUACACCACUAGUAAAAGCAUGCAAAGGUGGAUAUUCAGGUAUUGUAAAGGAGCUGAUAACUUGUGGAGCUUCAACAAAUUUAGAGUCUUCAAGUAAUUUACCGCUUAUAGCUGCAUGUGAAAAUGGACAUCUAAAUGUAGUAAAAAUAUUGCUGCAAUCUGGGGCCAUUGUCAAUCAAAAAAAGGAUUGUAAUAACCCUCUGAUAUCUGCAUGUAGGUGUGGUGAAUUGGUUAUAGUUAGGGAACUUUUAAAAGCUGGGGCCAACAUUAAUUUACAAUGUGGAAGUAUAUGUACAAUGGAUGCAUUGACAGCUGCAUGUACAGGAGGACACAUUUCUGUGGUGACAGAAUUACUGAAGGAAGGAGCAAAAGUAAAUACUCAGGGUCUGUAUGAUUCGCCAUUAAAUGCUGCAUGUCGUGAAAAUCAUUCCGAUGUGGUCAUUGAACUGCUACGAGUUGGGGCCGAUGUCAAUUCAUUGCGUAUGACCGGCACAGCACUGAUAAAUGCAUGUUCAAGAACUCAUCCAAAUUUGUCGUUAAUAAAAGAACUUCUUGAAGCAAAAGCUGAUGUCAAUCAGCAAGAUGAUGAUGGGAAUACACCAUUAUUAAGUUCUGUUAGACAACAAAAGGAUAAAAGAUUAAUAAAACAUCUAAUUGAGGCUGGUGCUGACAUCAAUCAACACAAUAAAGAAUGGUAUACACCACUGACUGCUGCUUGUUUAGAUGGAGAUUUUAACCUCGUGAAAGAUCUUCUUGAAAUGGGGGCUUCAAUUAAUCCACAGCAAAUAUGGAUUGAUCAUUUAAAAUAUAUACAGAUGGUUCGGUCAAUCGCAUGUUUUUUUAGCAUUUACAUCACUCCAGAGACAAUGUUGGGGUUCCUAGCAAAUGGGCCUGGUUAUCUUCAUAUCACACCACUGACAGCUGCAUGUCUAAAUGGCAAUCUGAGUGUGGUGAGAGAACUGCUUCAAAAAGGGGCUGAUGUUAAUCCAAAAUAUGUAUGGAAAACGCCAUUAAUUAUGGCUUGUGGAUGCAGACAUAUAGAUGUGUUGAAGGAACUGCUGAAAUUUGGAGCUAAAGUCAAUUUCAAUCCUCGGCAUCCAGGGAAACCAUAUAAAUACAAAACACCGUUGAUAGUUGCUUGUAAGAGAGGAAACUUAGAAAUAGUCAAAGAGCUUUUGAAUGCAAAAGCCAAUGUUAAUCCACAUGGUGUUAGUAAUACACCAUUAAUAGCUGCAUGCACGAUUGGAUUCGUAGACGUGGUGAAGGAAUUGCUUAUUAAGGGGGCUGAUGUUAAACUACAGAGUAGAUUUACCACUCCACUGACAGCUGCAUGCAAGGGGGGACAUUUGGAUGUAGUGAAGGAGUUGAUACAGGCUGGAGCAGACGUCAAUUUACAUCAUGAUGAUUAUGAAGAUAAUAUGCCACUAAUAUUAUCAUGUGAGUAUGGAUGCAUUAAUAUUGUAAAGGAACUGAUUGAGGCGGGGGCUGAUGUCAAUUUACAAGGUAAAUAUAACACUCCACUGACUGCCGCAUGCCAAUUUGAAAAUGUUGAUGUUGUAAAAGAACUACUGAAUGCUGGAGCUAAAAUCAAUCAAAGCACAUUAUGGAACACGCCUUUGUUGGCAGCAUGUAGAGGGGGUAAUGGAAACAUAGUGAAGGCGGUGCUUGAAGCUGGUGCUAAUGUCAAUUUACAAAAUCAAGAAGGGGAGACACCGCUGUAUAAGACAGUAGAUAACGAGAAUCCAUCCAUCAUUGUAUUGCGAAUGCUUGUAGAACAAGGUGCUGACUGCACAAUUUGUACAAAAUCUGGAAUGUCACCUUUAUACCAUGCAUUGAUUAACAACAGGAUGAAUAUUUUUAAGUUCUUUAAAAAAUCAGAAAAUAAACAACAGCAAAUCAGAAAAAAUCUGCAUUUGUUCACCAUACUAAGAGAUAUUAGGCAUGCGGACGUGGCUACUGAUAGUAAGGAUGAUGUGGUGUCAACAAAGAAACUAAUCUGGGAUAUGAAAAGUAAUUUGCACGAAAAAUUACUUCAAGCUGACUGUGAUGUUUUAAAUCAUUUGCUGCAUAUCGGUCUUGAUUCCAACCAAGAUAUUUUUAUUCGCCAGAAAACAAAACAGUCGGAUAUCAAACCCUUACUUUUCAGAGUAAUUGAUGGCGAUUUAUUUUUAAAUUAUGAUCGCACCUACCAGGAGAAAACAGUUAGUGUCUUACUUGAUGCCGGGGCACAAGUUAAUGUGAGGGUCAAAUACAAAGAGUAUAACAGUUUGAUUGACAGGGAGGGUGUGUCCGCUUUAGAGAGAACAAAGGAAUUGAUAUAUGAAAACAAAAAUUCCAAAAUAAAUUUCUUGCAUAAUAGAAUGAGGGUACGUAAAUAUCGAAAGUGUUUAAAAGAAAUAAAGAAACAUGUCAGAAGAUACUCUAUAUGAUUUGACCAGGUAAUAAACUUCUGAAUAUUCAUCCCCCACUGACAGUGCUAAAGAUUUCAAAUGAUGUUUGGUUGACUUCUCUUUACUGACUGACUAAAAUUGUUCCAAUUCGAAAGCUCUUUAUGUUUCAAGGCACAGUUAUUUCUCUUCAUUUCGUCCUCUAAUCCCAUCAACAAAUGUGGUGUAAUCUGGAAAGAUUUAAACACCUACCUAAACACGACCCAAAUUAAUAUAAAUCUGACUCGGGAUAAGGCGAGCAAUCAAUUUUUAAAGAUGUCCUUGAAUGACUAUAAUAAUACGUUUCCUUUGGAGAAAACAAGAAUUAAAAUAUUUGGUAAACGUGAAUAUUACCUACACAGUGCAUUUAAAGUAAGCAAAACUCAUGGUCGUUUUUGUUUGUUAAAGUUUUGAAUACAUGUAACAAUAACAGCUCUGUAUCAUAUCCA